AUGAAUAUAGAUAAAGAUGAUAUGGAAGGACGGUCCAAUAAUCAAAGUAAUAAAGAUGAAGAAGUUGCAAUUGAUGGUGCAGUAAAAAUAAAACAAAUUCAUUUCAACAUUCAUAAUGAAGAGAUAUCAAAGAUUAGAAUGGAAUUUGAAAUUGAAGAACAAGCUUACAACUUUUAUAAUGUUUAUGCUUAUAAAGUUGGCUUUAGCAUACAAAUAAGCAAGGGGCAUAAGGAUAAUAAAGAUGGAAAAAUAAAAGAUAGAACUAUUUUUUGCUCAUGUGAAAGUUUUCACAAAAAAGAUAAACAAUAUGAUAAUGUGAAAUGUCAUUGUGCUGAAACAAGAUUUGGUUGUUUGGCGAGGAUGAAUAUAAAACUUCAUCAAUUUGGAAACUAUCAAGUUGUUGAAUUCUAUGCAGAGCAUACACAAAUGACUUCAAGCAAGCCACUUACAUAG